AUUACAUGUCAAUUACGUCAUUUAUCGUAGUUGGAUCUAAACAACUUGACGACUACGGCUACGGAAGUUUGACAAAAAAGCCAAGGGUUUUACUUUUAAACGUGCUGAUUACCAAUAAAUAUGUCUUUAAACACAGCAAACACUAAAAAUGGAUCUAUUGUAUUACAAGGAGAUCGCGUGAUCCUUGUACAAGAUGGAGUGGAAGCAUCUUUUGAAAUGAGUCCCAUGGUGGAUCACUUCAAAGGAACCAAGAAGGGCAAGGUUUACCUCACAUCACUUGUGAUGGCCUUUGUCCCUACAAAGUCUGGUCUGAUGAAAUCCCUGGCAGUCCCAUUCACCAGCCUCAAGAACCUGGAAAUCAAGCAACCUCUGUUUGGAGCUAAUUAUCUCUCUGGCAACAUUCUGGCUCAACCUGGUGGUGGUUUUGAGGGUCAGGUCAAGUUUAAGAUGAUAUUUAAUAACGGAGGUGCUAUUGAUAUGGCACAAGGUUUGAUGAGAGCAGUCAAACGAGCGCAAAAUGCCCCACGGCCGGCUUCCGCCCCCAAUGCGGCGCCACAGAUGUACCCCGCCCCAUACCCAGGGGGUUACCCCCAGGCUGCUCCCCCUCAGCCUGGCUACCAGAACGGGGGAGCAUAUUACCCCCCUCCCCAGGGUGGGAUGUACCAACAGCCCUACCCCCCUCCUGGAGCUGCAUACCCUCCAGGCCAACCUAUGCAGCCUCCACCUCCUUACUACGGAAAUGCUCCGCCUAAUGUUGGAACAGCACCACCUCAGCCUGCUUAUUGGGAUCCUAACUCGCAGAACGUUUACAUUCCACAAGCAGAACCGACGGCUCCCCCUCCACCCUACACAGAGAAGUCAAAGACAGAUUAAAGCCACCUUUUUCUGGAAUGAAUCUCUGACCCCUCGGCCAUGAUUCUUCAACUCAAAUCAGCUGUGGAGGUGAUGGUGAUUAUUCAACUUUAAUCAAAUAAAAUUUAUAGAGCAAAAAUACUAUCAUGAUUUAAUUAUGUAUAUUGUAGUCUUCUGCUCCAAAGCCAGAUGUGAUAUAUUAUCUGUUUGAAGGCAUUAAUUGCUAUGUUUCUGUCCCGGCAAGGCACUGAACAUAGUACAUUAAGCUCCAUAUUUGUGACACGUAUAUUUUUCGUUAUGAAUACCAUACAUGUACAUAGAUCAACUCUUGUAGAUUUUGAAUGCAGAGGUCAGAAUCUCUUGGUUCCAAUUUUUGUUUUCUUUUUCAAAGGUGGUACUAUGGUAGACUAGUUCCACAUGGUUAGCAAUUUGGAGCUGCUACAGUAUAUACAACAUUGUUGCUAUUGUUCGUGUAGGUUUUAAGGUUGUAACUUUCAGAUGUGAAUCUUUAAGCCUUAAGAUCAUUAGCAGAUGUAAUCUUAAUCCAAUACACAAUCAUUGUCGAUUCUUGAAAUGUAUUUGUGGUACAGUCAACUUUUAAAAAUUCCAAUCAAUGACAUACCAUCUGUUGGUUCGGUAUCGGUUUCGGUGCGCCCUUCACACUGCUUUAGAUGCCAAAUUCAUGCUCUUGUGCAUUGUUUUGUCAGGGGAGUAGUAUUACAUGUAAUUGAUUAAUUCUAUGAAUGGCAUUACUAUCAUGUAUAUUUGCCAAUUGGAGCACUAUUAUUCUUUGUUUUUGUGUGGAUGUGGAGAGAUAACGUAAUAAGUUUAUUAUCAAAUGCUCAGAAUAUUUGAUGAUGGCUUUCUCUGUGUCACAUGCUUUAUUGAGAGAGAGAGAGAGCAUCUAAACCUGCGAUUUGUGAUAUCUUUCUGCAGUGUUUUAGCAGCUUUGUUUGUGUAAGUAGUGAUAGUGCUAUAUACCCUCAUAUAUUAUGAGUAUAUCGAGUCAAUCAUUUUUCAAAUUUUUCAUUUGCAAAUGAUAAUAUAUUUUCUCUUCUAUCUCUUUUUUUCUUAUUUGUAUCUUCAAAUUGAAAUUGAAAACAUAUCUCUUUAAUUAAGAAAUGUUGUGUUCACAUAGAAUUAAGUAAAAAGAGCUCUGAACUAGCGCAGCUGAAUAUAUUCAUAUGAAAGCUGCGCUAUACAAAUUUAUGUUUAUUGUUUAUUAUUAUUAUCAUGUACUCUUCUUUUUUUCUCUCUCUUUCUUUUCAUCACUUUCAUCUCACCCUCCCUCACUCUCUCUCUCUUUGAAAUUAAAUUAUAUGAAAAAGCAAUAAUGCAUAUCUUGAUCAUAAUUCAUGUAUUUCUUUUAUUCUUUCUCUCUUCCCUGGCAUUGACAUUCAUUCAUAUGUCCAUGUACCUUUCAUUGACUUUGUUCUAUUUUAAGUAAUAUCAAUUUUGUAAAGUAUUUAACAUUUAACUUCUCUCCCUAUUUCUGUCAAUUAUAUUUAUUUGACAGUGAUUUUUUCAAGUGAUGAUUUAUUCCUGCUCAAUUAUCAAUCAAUUGAUGUAAUUUUUUUGUAUUUGAUGAAUUGAGACACAAACUGGAAAUCAUAAGUUAUGUUCAUUUUGGCCUGGUUUUACAUGUAUUAACUUUAUUUCACAAGGAUUGGCGAUACUUGUACUACAUAUUUAUUUGCUUGCUUUAUGUGCACAAAUUACUAUGAUGAUUUUUACUGACUUUUGGGGAUGUUAUUUUUGCAUUCCUGGAGUAUAUUUCCUAAAGUUUAUCCCCAUUAAAUUAUCUUCUUACAUACAGGAUGAGAUCUAAAUGAUAUUAUGAUGCUCACAUAUGUGAAAAAUUUGUAGAUAUUAUAUUGGUAGAAUUAUGUUACCUGUCUUCAGAAAGCAGACCUUGUUUAAGAAAAAAGUAAACUCCAUUUGAGAGAAUCCCAAAAUUUAAAUUAUGAGAAAUCCGGGGGUUGUUUCACAGAGAGUUAAGUGUAACCAAGAGACAUGCUUAAACACCAAUACGGAUGUUAUUUAUAACGCGUAAUCCAAUUGAUGGUUAGGUGGAAGUGCGUAUCCCAAGCAAAUAAUCUGACCAAUAUGGUCAUGCAUUAUUUACCGCACAUAAUUGAAAUUUAAGUGCGACUCUACAUGUAAGUCACCCUUAAAUUUUUGUGAAGCAGCCCCGAGGAAUAAUUAAAGACAUGAUUUCAGAAGACUACUGUAAUUCUACAGAAAUGAUUUUUAUUUCAUUCCUUCUAAAGUUAAGAUCCAUUGUCUUUAUGGGAGCUUUAUCUGUUAUAAAAGUCUUGUUCAUAUCUUUAAAAAAUAUCUAUAAACUUUGAUUUAAUACAUGCGCAAAAAUAUGCUAGGGGAUCAAUACAUUUAUUCUGGAGAAAUGAGAAAGGCCCUCUAUUGGUGUAUUUCUUGUCGUGUUGUAAUAAGUUUGAAAUGGCAUAUGAGCUCCGAUUGCUAUAUUUUUAUUUAAAGUGCUACAGACUAUGAAUCACUCUUGCGAUGGAAAAAGAUAUUUGUUUUUUUUUAUGAUUGUGGUAUGCACUAAAGAAAUAUGUAAGUAUAGUAUAUCAAUAGGAUUUUGGCUUCAUUUUAGCUCCAAACUCUGGAAUAGCUUACCCUUGGUAGUUGGGAAUGGCAUUAUACGUAAACAACUUCCAAUCAAAACUCAAACCACAUCUAUUUGAUUAAUAACAAGCGUAUCAGGAUUCUUAUAUAACACAGUACAAUAUAGACUUUAUUGAAUAGUUUCUGCUCUCUAUAAAUCUAUUAUAUUUUUAUUGUUAUGUUAUGUGAUAUUCAUUAUAUGUAUGUCAAUAGGAAUUUGCUAUUUUUAAGUAUGUUUUCAUGUAUAAAGGGUGUGAAUGAUAAAAUUGAUGAUUAGAAUAUAUAUGUAUAAUCCUUAGAUUAUUCCAUGGCUAUUGGGUGAUUUAGAUGCACAUUAGAGUAAAUAUAUGAGAUAACACGUCAUGCAUUUAAUCAUUUGAACAGAAUUAUAGAGGAAGAUUCUUUAUUCAAACAUUGCCACAUUAUAGUUUUGAAAUAUGUAUUAUUCAUGUCGCACUGUUACACCGUGUUAAACUGAUUUGUAUGACGGAAAAUGACUCCAUGUUUUUACUAAUGAAGCUUAAUAUAGUGUUACUUUAUAUUGUGAUUUUUAUAAAAAUGAUCAGAUUGAAAUGUUAAACAGGGGUUUUGAGAUAUUAAAGUGAAGUCAUUCUUCAUACAUGUGCAUUAUAUGAAAGAAGAAAAUAAGUCAAAGGAUUGUGGCAAAACAUUUUUUCUGACCUCGUUUUUGUCUUAAAGAUGUGAUAUAACAUUUGUGUACAUACAUGAAGACUCAUGCCAGAAUUAAGAGACCCCCCUCCCCCUGAAAAAGGGAAAGAAAAAAAAAACCCAGAUUUUUAAAAGAAAAGGUAAGGUUUAUCCAAAUCGUUUCUUAAAAACAGUUUAAAAUAUAUCAAAUCAUCUUUAUAUGCUGAUAGAUUGAUAUAUGAAACUGCUUUGUAAUUAAGGAUGACGGAUUAGGUAUCAUUACAUAUGUACUGUAUAUUUAUAUAGAGUUAUUGAUUUUUAUAUGAUACCAAUGAUUUAUAUUUGUAUUAUUCAAUAUUCAAUAAAGUGCAAUUUGUAAAUUCAUCAUCAAA